ACAGAGCCAUGCAGCCUCCCGCUCCUCAUCCUCCUCCUCUCUCUCCUCUCCAGCUCUAAGUCAAUGCCAUGCUGCCGUUGCUCCUCCCGGCACUGCUGGCCGCCUGCCUUCCACCCUGCCAGGGCUGGAACCCCUCGGCGGCUGCCAGCGGGCAGGAGGAGCAGGAGCAAGAGCUCUUCUUGCCCCCUGUCAACUCCUCCUCUCACCCCUUGGCCAGCCUCGAGAUGGACCUCGACGGGGCAGCAAGCAAGGAGGACGGCAGCACUCCCAGCCCGGGCACGCCGGCUGCCUCUAGCCAAGAGCCUUUCCCUUCUGCCCCCACCUCCUCCGGGCAACAGCAACAGCAGCAGCGUCCCCAGCCGCAGGGGCAACCGCAGCCCGCCGAGGACCCCCACUGCAAUAUCAGCGUGCAGCGGCAGAUGCUGAGCUCGCUGCUGGUACGCUGGAGCCGCCCGCUGGGUAUCCAGUGCGACCUCCUGCUCUUCUCCACCAACAGCCACGGGCGGGCUUUCUUCUCCGCCGCCUUCCACCGCGUGGGGCCGCCGCUAGUCAUCGAGCACCUGGGGCUGGCGUCCGGCGGCGCCCAGCAGGACUUGCGGCUCUGCGUGGGCUGCAGCUGGGUGCGGGGACGGAGGGUCGGGCGCCUGCGGAGCGCCGCGCCCCAGGCCCCCGCCGCGCCCCAGGCCCCCCCUGCGCCCCAGCCCGCUGCCCCCGCCGCCUCCUCCUCCUCCUCACUCUCGUACCCGCCGGCGGCGGAGCCCGGCCAGUACUGGCUGCAAGGGGAGCCGCUGAAUUUCUGCUGCCUCGAUUUCAGCUUGGAGGAGCUGAAGGGUGAGCCGGGCUGGCGGAUGAACCGCAAACCCAUCGAGUCUACCUUGGUGGCUUGUUUCAUGACUCUGGUCAUCAUCGUGUGGAGCGUGGCCGCCCUCAUCUGGCCGGUGCCCAUCAUCGCCGGCUUCUUGCCCAACGGCAUGGAGCAGCGCCGCAGCACCGCCGCCGCCACCACCACCGCCGCCGCCAAGUAGUCUCUCUCUAGGUGAACUCCAACCUCCUCCUUCGUCGUGUGGUGUGGAAGGACGCGAGGCAGCCGACUCCCGCCGGGACAGACUGUCGUGUUUUUCGUGUUUUAA